UUCCGCCCCACAAAUUCUCACAAAUGCCGGCAUCGGCCAACUCAUCGCAACGAUGCAACGAUACAAUCCCUUCUCUCAUUUUUGUUCGUAAAACCACUUCCGAGACUGUUAAAAAGUCUCACCGAAACCCUAAAUUCCCCAUCGUUUAUAGCCCCUAUCCGGCGUCCCUCUACGUAGCGGCUUCUGCAAUUUCUCACAUAUUUUCAGAAUUUCUGUUUCUCAGAUUAAGUAAUGUCUUCAGAACUUUUGGUGGUGCCAGAGGCACAGGUACCAGCUUUGUCCAUGCAGUCAGAAACUGCUGAGUCAACUGUUUCAAAGCCUACUUGCAGUCUAACAUCAUCGGAGGGUGGACCAAGCAGUAAUGUUGCAGUUCCAGUUACAGAAUCUCCAACUAUAAAUUCCGGCUCGGAAGAAAUAGUAACUGUAUCGCCUCCUCCCAUGAGCUCACCAGCUCAAAGGGCUAUUCAUGGUACUGCAAGUGACUCAUUACAAGAUUCUGUUCGGGCAAAAUUUGUUUCCUCACCUGGCUAUGUUGUCCCUCCACCUUCUUUUUCUUACAGUAUAUUUCCUAGGGUGAACUUUGCCUCUGGGGCCCCUCAGCAAACUUCGUCUUCUCCUGCUUUAAAAUUAACUCCCCAAAUGUCUCCAGCUGCUCUACAGCCGCCAGUUCCUGGGCAAUCUUUAGGAAAUAGACCAUCUUUUUCAUACAGCGUUGUUCCACUACCAAAUGCUAGCCCUGUUUCCGGUCAGCAGUUUCAACCCGCCGCUGUGAACAAUCAAAGGCAGCUGUUGACUGGAAAUUCUGUCCCACCUUCACCAUCAAUGGCUGCUGCAUGUUUGCAGCCUCAAGUACCCUGCCAACCUAUUUGCCCUGAUGCAUCCAUUUCUGCAACUGUUCCACAGAAUUUUCCACCACCCAUUCAGUUACCAGUUCCCCCUCCCAAGGGCCAGCUAUCACCUUCAACAAACUUUUCUUUUGGUGGGGGUUCUAGGCCAACAAUAAUGGAUGCUUCUGUCAAGUAUUUGCCAUCCAACACAUGCACUUCUGAUGCAACGCCUUUGGAUAUUGGCAUGACUUCAGUUUCUGCUAGUUUAGAUUCGAAGGUGUCUCAUGAUAAGCAUGCAAGUUCAUCCAUAGGCUCAACAAUCUCUCCUAUUUCUAACGUAUCAAGCAUGUUGCCGCCAACUGGUUCUUUGAUAAAUGGUCAUCUUCCAAUGGUUGAAAUUUUUACUGACAAUAAUCUGCCUAAAACACCUAAUCCUGCUACUGUUCAACCAGCAAAGCCUGGGACUUCAUCAGCAACAAUGAGACCUAUUCAGCAUAAUCAAGUUCUUGCACCUUCAAGUCAAUCUUCUAUCACAAACCCAACUCCACCGAAUGUACCUCAACAAAUUUAUCCACAUUUGCCUUCAAUGCAGGCCCAAAUACUACCUUCUCACGCUCAUUGGCUUCCUCCUCAGGCUACUGGGGUACAAUGUCUUCCCUUGUCACAAUAUCCAGCUGUGCUUCCUGGUCCUUCCUCUUUCUCACUGAGGGGCAUGCCUCCACCCUCGGUUCCUUUUCCUGAUGUACGACCUCCUGGUGUUUUCCCUGAGGUGAACUGUGGAGAAGCAUCUUCCUCCACGCUGGAGUCAUCCUUUCCUGUAAUGAAUACUGGAGCAGGAUCACCUCAUGAUGCUGCUUCUGAAAAGGAAGUUAAUGACACUCAGGAGGAUGGUAACAGUAAAAGUGAAGAAUUAGAAGCUUGGACAAUGCACAGAACUGAGACAGGUGUUUUAUAUUACUACAAUACUAUUUCAGGAGAAUCUACUUAUGAAAGGCCUUCCAAGUUCAAAGGAGAGCCUGAGAAGAUUGCACUUCAGAUUAUUCCAGUGUCAUGGGAAAAAUUAUCUGGCACUAACUGGUCAUUGGUCACGACAAAUGAUUUGAAGAAGUACUAUUAUAACACCGUGAACAAGGUUAGUAGCUGGCAAGUUCCUGCAGAGGUUUUGGAAAUGAGAAAAAAACAAGUAGUAAACUCUUCAAUAGAAGGAAUUGCUAGCAUUCCCACAGAUAAGGGAACGACAUCUGUCAGUCUGAAUGCUCCUGCUCUGCAAACUGGGGGGCGAGAUUCUAUGACCCAGAGAACUCCAAGCGGACAAGCAUCUACAUCAGCAUUGGAUUUGAUAAAGAAGAAGCUGCAGGAUUCUGCUACGCCUAAUGUUUCAGCACCUCUUCAAACUUCGGCUCCCUCUGCAUCUGAUUUAAAUGGAUCAAGAGUUAUAGAUGCCUCAGCUAAGGCGCAGCAACUGUUGAAUAGUAAAGACAGAGUUAAAGAUGCUAAUGGAGAUGGAAAUAUGUCAGAUUCCUCAUCUGAUUCAGAUGAUGAAGAAAGUGGACCAACGAAGGAGGAGUGCAUUGAUCAGUUCAAGGAGAUGCUCAAAGAACGAGGGGUGGCUCCAUUCUCAAAAUGGGAGAAAGAACUACCAAAGAUAGUCUUCGAUCCACGCUUUAAGGCAGUUCCAAGUUAUUCUGCUAGACGAGCAAUCUUUGAACAAUAUGUUAGGACACGUGCUGAGGAAGAAAGGAAGGAGAAGAAAGCAGCUCAGAAGGCUGCAAUUAUUGGUUUCAAACAACUAUUGGAAGAAGCCUUGGAGGUUGAUAUGACUCACAGACCAGACUAUCAAACAUUUAAAAGAAAAUGGGGAGAUGAUCCACGGUUUGAGGCCAUAGAACGAAAAGAAAGAGAGUUUCUUUUCAAUGAAAAGGUGCUGCUAAGGAAGAAGGCCGCUGAAGAAAAGAUUCAUGCUGAAAGAGCAGCAUCUAUGAGCUGCUUCAAGUCAAUGCUGAAGGAGAGGCAAGACAUAUCUUCAAUUAGUCGAUGGUCAAAGGUGAAGGAUAAUUUGAGAAAUGAUCCAAGAUACAAGACUGUCAAUCAUGAAGAGAGGGAAGCUUUAUUUAAUGAAUAUAUGGCGGAACUUAGAGCAGUGGAACAAGAAGCAGAACGUGCUGCUAAGGCCAAAAAGGAGGAGCAGGACAAACUAAAAGAAAGAGAGAGGGAAAUGCGGAAGAGAAAAGAGAGAGAAGAGCAAGAAAUGGAAAGGAUUAGGCUGAAAGUUCGGAGGAAGGAGGCUGUCAGUUCCUAUCAAGCCUUGUUGGUAGAAACAAUAAAAGAUCUGAAGGCGUCCUGGACUGAGUCGAAGCCCAAGCUGGAGAAGGAUCCUCAGGGUCGGGCUACAAAUCCUGAUCUUAAUCAAGCUGAUGCAGAAAAGCUUUUCCGUGAUCACGUGAAGGAUUUGUACGAGCGCUGUGCCCGUGAUUAUCGAGCCCUAUUAGCUGAAAUCAUCACAUCAGAUUCAGUUGCGCGGAGUGCAGAAAAUGAGAAGAAUGUUCUCAACUCGUGGUCAGAAGCUAAACGCGUUUUAAAGCCUGAUCCAAGAUACUCUAAGAUGCCAAGGAAAGACAGGGAAUCUUUAUGGCUCAGAUUUGCGGACAGUAUGAUGAGAAAGCAGAAGGCUGGAGCUGAACCAAAAGACAAGUUUGAUUCCCAAGGAAAGAACAGAAGCUCUACUGAUAAUAGUUUGCGGGGAUCACCGAGGGGUUCUCGUGCUCGGAGAUAACGAUCUUAAACCUGCCUGCAGAUUUUUAUAUGGAGUUACAGAUGUUUCUAACGAUAUGCAAAUUAACUUGUGCUAUCAAUUUAGAUGUUAAUUUUUAGUUUGCGUUUGUACAUUAUUAUUAUUAUUAUUAUUUGAAUUACAAACAUUAUCAAUCCAUGGUUUUUUAGAGGGAGAGAGAGAGAGAGAACAAGAGAACAAGAGAACAG